AUGAUUUAUGCAGGCUAUCACUGCAGACAGCUUGCUACAGCUUAUGGCACGGUUAGGAGGAAGCUGGUGGUAGUAUUUCAGAAAAUACCAGCAUCUAAGUGGACACAGGCCAGUGGACCAUCUGUCAUUGGUGAAGAAAGUAUCUCAGACAGUGAAUGGUUCUUCAUAGUGGUGUCAAGCAAAAGAAAAACCAAACCUGUCAUUGUCAUCUGCGUAUUGUGGCCAUCUCAACUGGGACAGUGGCACCCUGAGGAUGAAUCUUGCUUCUCCAGUGAGAUACUAACACAAGUCCUAAUCACUUUCAGAGAAGCAAAGCAGAGUUUUAGGCCACAUUUUAGGAAGAGAGAUGGCUGCCUUAAUUAUGAACAUUUUCUGGCUAUUUCAAAGUUUACAGCUGCUUUCAGAUCAAAGGACUUUUUAUGUUGGGCAUCUUCUGGAAUCACCAUACAGAAUAAAGGCCCCUUUGAGAGAAUCCUUUCAACCUUUGCAGUGACUGGAAAUCUAAGAGCAGCAAGGAAAAGAUCUUGCUCCUCUGCUUUUGACAGAUGCCUGCAAAAUGUCAUCAGACCUUUGUGUGGACCUGUUUGGGUCUUUGAGAGAAAAGGUUUCAGCCUCUCAGGAGCAGAGAUUUACAUCCAAGGAGUUCUAUUGGCCCUGCACCAACGAGUAAAUCCUGCAAAGUGUUGCAAACAGCCUCUACAACACCUACUAAAAAUACUUUCAGAGGACCCCAAAAAAACCCCCCAAAAACCCUUUUCCCAAGUAAACGCGAGCGAGCUGCGCGGUGCAACAAUGGGAGCGGCGGGGCUGGGGCUGCAGGCGGCGCAGGGAGGGAUGGGGGAUGCUCCCCUCAUUAGCAUUCCCGUCAGCAGCGGGGCUGUCGGGGCAGGAAUGCCAUUGUGCCGGGCCCCAGUGUUUGGGGACAAACACUGCUGCGGAGGGGACGUGUGAAAAGGCCCCGGAGCUGACAGUGAAUGAGGAAGGCUGUGCUUUCUGCGCGCUUCAAGCAGGGAAGCUGUCACUCACCGGCCCGCCGCAGCCAAACAGAGGCCAAAAGAGAGGGCUCAAAUACCUUUUAAAAUGAUAUUAAUGGUUUUUAAACGUUCCCUUCAUUUGGGGUUGCGCUGCCGGUCUGGGCCGUGCUAAAUAAUAUUAAUUGUGAGCAGGUAAAUGAAGGAACAUCUCCCUGCCACAGUGAGCGUUCACUCUGGAAGAUGUAGGUGUAGAAGUAUUUGAGAAUCCCAAGUUUCUAUUGAUAGUGGAACCCUGGAAAAAGUUAAAGAUCGAAUCUAAAAUGUUAGGCUUUGGGCUUUCCCAGAUCAACUGCACCUGUGUAAGCAGUAUGAUAAAUUACAUAAUUGUUAGAUGUGAUGAUUUUUUAGUAAUUAAAUGUAAUUAUUAUAUAACCAUAAGAAGAAUAGUGAGAAACUAUGUUGGAAAUUCAGAGAGGGGCUAAAUUUAUGUAUACAAUAGAACAAUAUAAGUUUAAUAAUUAACAUGAAAGUUAUGUAACGAUAG